GGAGAAAGCAAGAUCAAGCUUAAGACCCAAGCGGCGAGCGGCAAAACAACAUAAAUGGCGAGCCAGUGAGAUGUAUUAUUUUGGUUUAUAGCCCUAGAAGUGCGUGUGAGGCCACCAUGCAGCUGUUGAAGCCGCCCUGGAUCAGCCAUGACGGAGGCAAGGCAAUUUUCAGUGUGGAUCUUCACCCAGACGGGUCACGCUUUGCCACAGGAGGUCAGGGUCAAGACUCAUCAGGACGUGUGGUGGUGUGGAAUCUGAAACCGGUUGUUCAUGACAAAUAUGAACAAGAUGAAAAGGUUCCCAAAGUGCUGUGCCAGCUUGACCAGCAUCUUGGGUGUGUGAACAGCGUGCGAUGGUCAUGUGGGGGACGAUUCCUUGCCUCAGCUGGGGAUGACAAGGUCAUCAUCAUCUGGCAGCAGAGCAGCUAUGGGGGAGGUGCAGUGUUUGGGUCCAAUGUAGUGAAUGUGGAAUCAUGGCGGAGUGUUGCAACAUUACGGGGCCAUGAGGGAGACAUUUUGGAUGUGGCAUGGUCACCAGGGGAUGUGUGGCUGGCCUCUGCCUCAAUAGAUAACAGUGUUAUCAUAUGGAACACUGCCAAGUGGCCAGAACAAGUACGAGUGUUGCGAGGCCACACAGGACUGGUGAAGGGAGUGACAUGGGACCCAGUGGGACGUUACCUCACCUCCCAGGCUGAUGACAAGAGUCUCAGGAUCUGGCGAACUACUGACUGGACCACUGAGGAGAGGAUUGUGGAUCCUUUUGCUGAUUGUGGGGGUACAACCACAGUUCUACGACCCAGCUGGUCACCUGAUGGUCAGUAUCUUGUGUCAGCUCAUGCCAUGAAUAAUGGUGGACCAACAGCCCAGAUAAUUGACCGCGAUGGAUGGAAUACUGAUAAGGAUUUUGUAGGCCAUCGCAAACCCAUAACAUGUGUGCGUUUCAAUCCCAACAUCCUGAAGAAAGUGGACUCCAAGACAGGGAAGAAUGUCCAGUACUGUUGUGUUGCCAUUGGUUCUCGGGACCGUUCCAUCUCCAUCUGGUUCACUUCCCUCAAGAGGCCUCUUGUUGUGGUGCACGACAUUUUUGAUGACUCGGUGCUGGACUUGUCAUGGAGUAGCUGUGGCCGUUACCUGAUGGCUGUGUCCAAGGAUGGCACCCUGGCCUUCAUCAGCUUCUCUACUGAUGAGAUUGGCUGUCCACUCUCAGAGGAUGAAACUAACAAUCUGCACAUGAAGUUGUAUGGCAAGUCGGCCCAGACCAACGCCUCUUCUGUUAACCCAACCAUCAUUGAAAACCCAGAACUAUUACGUCUGCGAGAGGAAGAGAAAACCCGGGCCAAGACUGCUUCUUUUAGUGAACAGAUUCCCAGACCAGCUCCCCCAACACCUCAGCGGGCACCUAUCAACAAGCAGAUAGAAACAAGAACAGCUGAUGGCAAGAGAAGAAUCACACCUAUGUUUAUUCCUCCCAUUGAAGGUGUUGAGACUCCAAACAAAUCAUAUGAAGCAAGCUUCUCAUCCAGCCAGCAGGAGAAAAGCAAAAUUGUUGUAGAGAAAGUGGAUGAAGUUGUGGAGCCAAAUGUUUCCAGCAAUCGCCCUCCUUCAGCCUUUACUACCUCUAGUUCACCCUGCAAGGGCACAUCACUCCCGUCAGGAUUUAAUGGGGCACAUGCUAGUCUGCCAGCCAGGUUUGGAAAGUCUGAGCCAAGUGAGAAACAAUCAGAGUCACAAGUUUCUUCUGCCUGCAUUGGAAUGAAGCGUAAGCAUGAGGAGAUGCCCCAGACGUGCCUAGCUGUCAAGCGGAAAAGAGGACGGCCGCCUUUGUAUGAUCGCUCUGCAGCCCCACCUCCUCCCAGACCUCCCUCACCUCUUGCUGCUCCCCAACCUACCUCCACACAGGUGGUGAAAACUGCCCAGCAGGUGGAAGUGGUGUCUGUGCUUCCAGAAGCAUCUCUCUCUAAAUCAGCCAGAAUACAGAUCCCUGGAGAGACAUCUAUGGACAUUCCUCCACCCCUUUUGGUAGUAGAGAAUGACUACCGGGCUGGCAGUUCCCAUAGUGGUGGAACACCCAGCCUCCAUCGGGUGAGCAAGAUGCAGGUCAAUGUAGUGAGCUGGGUAACCUUCCUUACUUCUCGAGUUACUACAGCUGCAGCCACGGUCACCACUGCUGCCUUCACCUGUCAGGACAAGUCUCUGCAUAUCCUGGACAUUAAAACAGGUGAGAUGUUAUUACCACCUCUGAAGCUACAAGGUAGAUCAUCUCAACUGUUUGUGCAUGAAAACACCAUUAUUGUCUUGACGACAGAUGCGACUCUCACCAUCUGGGACUUAGAGAACAAGAAAAGAAUCCUGUCAGAAUCCAUCAGACAUCUAGUGGAAGGUCAGAGUGCAGUAAAGUCAGUGCAGAUAACAUCAGAGGGGACACCUGUGUUACUGCUGACUUCAGGGGAAGCCUUCACCCGCUGUCCCAAACUUGAGACUUGGUUGCUGCUUGGGGAGUGUGCCAGUGUGCGUCGUGUGGUACAGCCAGAAUACACCAUGCUUCCUCCUUGUCACCCUGCUGAUGCCACUGCUAAGCCCCUCACAAGUCUGCUACACCAAACAGCUGCCUACUCUGGAUCAUCACGAGUGUCUCGGCCAGUCAUAUCAGAUGAUGCACGUCUCAGCCUGACUGAAGUCUUCAUCAACCGUAUGUUGACGUCAGCUCAGUACCUCAAGUCUGCACAUGAUUACAAGUAUUGGCUGAAGCGCAAGAUACAGUUCUUCAUCAAGGAAGGUUUGGAGAAGAAACUGCGUGUGAUUUUUGAUGAUCUUCUUGGACCCCACCUCAGCAACAGCACAUUGGAUCAGGCAGAGUGCCACAGUAACCUGCCAAAAAUACUGGACUGUGAUAAGAAAAGUCUACUUGAAGAGUUCCUGAGAGAGAUAUUGCUUGCCAAAAACUCUCUACAGUUACAAAGACUUUAUGCAGAAUACAAAGAACAACUGGAUGCAAAUGCAGUAGAUAUGAUAUAAGACCAUGAAAAUUUUGGUGUCUCAUCUUGAUUACUUUUAACAGAUCUAGUGGAGGUUUAUGAGAUUUUCAAGAGUUUAUCAUAAAUUUAUGAUACUGGUGUUAAGAAAGAUCCAGUACCAUUAAUUUGAAAGAAAACAUCUUGAGGAACUGACUUAUCACCUUCAUUGUCUUUGAAAAUAGUCCUUAUGAGAACCCAAGCAUUUCAGAAUUCAGGAUAUAGAAAUUGUUGUGUUUCUUUUUUCUUGGUAAUGUGUGUGGAUGAGGGUUGAGUGUCAUUUGAAUAUGUGCAAAGAAUACAUGUUUAAAAAGAUUUACUUGCAGAUUUAUGUAUAGUCAGUAUUUUCUAUUCUUACUCAUAGGAAAUGUAAUUUUUGUAUUUUAAUUCUUUUCUUAAUACUCACAUAGUGCUUCUCAGUUCUACACUUUUAUGUAAAUUUGAAAUUAUUUGGUAGAAUGGUUUAGGUUCUGAUGUAUUUUUUUGCUAUGUAGUCCUUUUAAGUUGUUAAAUAACUAUGUAAGUUUUUUUUUAUAUUCUUUUUAUUAUUAUUAUUUUAUUUCUACUUUAUUUUUAUUUUGUUAUUUUUAUCACUCAUUUUCAACUAUCCAUAUGCUCGUCAUGUUUGAGAAUGGUUUUGAUCCUGUUGAUAAACCUUUGAGUCCUCCAAGGAUAUCACAUUGUCACACUGAACUUGAAGUAGAUAAGAGGAAGUACUGAUGGAUCUUGUAUUCCAUUGUUAACUCACUGCCAUUGUCAUCUUUGCCUUAAGACGAUAAUAGUGAAGAAAGUUGUGAAUGCUUUUAACACUGCCUAGUAUGAUGCUCAAAUAACUGCCAUUUUUUACAAUUUUCUGCACUGCCAGUGAAAGACCUGUCCAAAGA